CUCAACAUGAUUCUCAAGGACUCCAAAACUCGGUUAGUCAAGUAUGCGACAGAAAAAUGAAAAAUAAGGACAAUUUUCACAAUUUUCAAAGGAUCUCUCAAACACCUUACACGAAAAUAAACCCGAGAAUCUGCAGUGCCGAAACCAUGACAGAUAGUUAACACGAAAAGAUUCGGGUGUUAAAAGUCAAAUGGCUUACGUGUUAUUUCGAACAUCCGUUUCUCGAGAAAUCAUGAAAAUCAUCUGCUAGUGCUUGCGCAAUUGUUAUAAUCCUUAGGAUUCGGGUGGUCCGCCAGCAUUUUCGCGAAAGUGAAAAAGCAGUCCGGUGUGCAAAGUGCCAGUUCCGCCUAAAACACACGCCUAAAAAUGAGCCAAGCGGAGGAACAAGCUGGGCCAUCGAAGCCCUCGGGAUCUGCGACGGAGGAGAAAGAAAAAGAUGAUCGAACGUUCGAGUGUAAUAUUUGUCUUGAUACUGCCAAGGAUGCGGUAGUUAGCAUGUGCGGUCACUUAUUUUGCUGGCCGUGCCUCCACCAAUGGCUUGAAACUCGUCCUACGAAACAAGUUUGUCCCGUAUGCAAAGCUGCAAUUAGCAAAGAAAAAGUCAUUCCAUUGUACGGGAGAGGAGCUAUGAAACAAGAAGACCCAAGAAACAAUGUACCACCACGUCCUGCCGGACAAAGAUCGGAACCCGAAGCAAAUGUCGGAUUUCCUGGUUUUGGUUUCGGAGAUGGAGGAUUUCAUAUGUCGUUUGGUAUCGGUGCUUUUCCAUUUGGAUUUUUUACCUCUACUUUUAACAUGGGAGAUGCACGACCUAGUACAGCGCCUCGAGGUACACCGCAAUUUGAAGAAGAGCAAUUUCUGUCGAGGAUAUUUCUCUGGCUGGCGCUGAUGUUCAUUUGUUGGCUUCUUUUGGCGUAACACCAUUCCUAAAAAGGCGCUUUCUAAUUUGUAAACCCACCCGAAAACCGGAUCUAGUACAUUCAUCGACCGCGUUUUACUUCUCCAAUGAACCAAUGAUCCUUUUUAAUUGCGUUUGAGUGACACGGUGACAGUGAGUGAAAGGUUACCCAAUAAAUUCGCAUUAACUGUCUUUCUAGAAAAGAAACAGUGUAAAUUUGCACCAACGUUAAGCUGACAAUGUAUGAGCAUAAUUAUGAAGAAAAAAUGGGGUGACUCGCUUUCUCGAGUCACUGUCUCUUACAUGAGAAAUCCAGGUAAUCGUCGCAAUAAAAAAUGUGAUAGCGAUUACUCAAUUUUAUUAUAUACUUUUUUUCAGCUAUAAGCAUUAAAGCAAUGUUUCUUUAAUGGGUUUGUGAGUACUGAUAAUGUGUACAUACUUUAAAAAUGAGUAACUAGAUGCGCUGAUUACUGUAUCCAAAAUGCAGGAUAUUUUAAUCACUUAAGUAAAUCACUAUAAUACCUGCAUCAUAAUUAUAAAAAAAAGGCUAAUCCAUUCUUUUAUGAAGGAAAGGACUUCAAAAGUGUAUAUAAAUUAGUUUUUAAGAUAUAAAUAUAUACAUAAAUAUUAAUUUCAGAUAAAAAAAAUCGUAUGGAAGUGUUGAGUGUUGGAAUGUGAUUGGUUUUGUUAGUAUUGCUUAAAAUUGAUUUUAUAGAAAGAUUGUAAUAGAUAAAUGACUUUUGAGCAUACUGGUGAAACCAAUCCUGAUGAUAACAAUAUGUUAAGAAUGAUCUUUCAACCAUGCAAAUGAAUAUGUAAUUUUAUUAUUUAAUAGAGUUAUAGUUAUUAUUGCUAAGCGGAAAAAAUCAACGAUACAAGACUCGAUUUGUUUCAAGGCCAUUUAAGAAGUGGUUCAAAGUAUUCUUUUACUUUUUAGAUUUUUAAUUUAAAACAUAACUUCAAUUAUAUGAAUUAAUAGUUUAUUCCUAAUGUAUAUUCUCUUUCUCUCUCUCUUCUUUGAUAUUACAUUCCAGUGUAAGUUGUUUACAACAAAAUUAUAAAAGAAGGAAUUAAUGUUCGUGGCAGGUACGAUGAACAAGACUGUUUUUCAAUUCAAUUUUUCGAGGUUGAUGAUUGUAACGAUAAAAGGAAUAAAUGGCAUUUAGCAUAUCAAAUCGU